GUGAUAGGCUCCAACCAUGGAGGAUUUACCGAGAACUAGCUCGAUUCGAGGCUCGAGCUCCACAGGCUUCCCGAUCGCAAAUGCAAUCCUUUGUAUGUGUACCAGGUAAUUCAGCUUGCUCCCGAUGACCGCAUUCUAGGAUUUACAAGCACCAAUGAGCAAGGCAAUGAGCAAGGUAUGGCUCAGCACCGCGAGCGUGACAAGACCCCACUGUGCUUACAAUGGCGAUCACCAAUCACCUCGGUGUCGUUUUCCUAAUUCAGCGACUGCAUAUGACGAUGAAGACAACGACUGUGACGGAACGGAUACCAAGAACACUACCCAGGCAAGAAAUACACUCCUGGCUGUUGGUUUCUGGUCGGGUCCGUGGAGUGGAUGGCUGUUCACCUACGCUUUCUCGCUAUUUUGCUUUUCGAUAAGCCGGUGUGUAGCGCUGUCUGAAUUGACCGCGAUGUACAGCAAUCCCAGGGACAGCACCAACGCCGUCAAGAUGGCAGCAUUGGGGCUUGGAUUUAUGGAGGAUUUCGUCUGCACGACCUACUUCACAUGUACGCUGUGGUUGUUCGACACCGCCAAGCACGCAGUCAGCAGACGUUUUGAUUCUAAGAGGUGGCAACAAAGCUGUGUGACGUCAAGAACUAUCGGAAAUAUCGCUACUUUUACAGUGUCAUGGUUACUAUUCUUCGUAAUGAUGACGCCUUUCGUCGUAGACUUAGUACUCGUGAUUAAUCGCGAGAUGCGCUUCACCUUCGAUCUCGUUACAAUGGCUAUCAGUGAGAAAGAAUUUGUCGGUGCUGCCCCCAUUUCGGCCGAAGAAAUUCAACGAGGCGUUGUGGCUACGAUUCUGAUGGUGAUGGCCAGUACGGUAUUUGCUUCUGUGCGAACAAAGGCGAGUUGGGCCGACCUAACAAACUGGAAUCCAGCGCAUCUCAUUACUGAUACACGAAGCGGUACAGUGGCAACUACGAGAGUUGCGAGGGGUUUUAAGUAUGUGGAAGUAGCUCUCGAAGAAGGCACCGAGACUGAGGUUACUACUGAAAUCGAAGAUAUCAAGAAGGUCUCCUCUGACAAGGAAAACCGCACCUACCAACGGCUCAUUUACCAGCACGCUUUACGGGUCGCUGUCGUUAUCGCGGUUCUCGUUGUCAUUCCUACUGCUGUGGUGGCGUUACGUUGCGUGUGCUCCCCCCUGGUUGCUUACGUUGGUAUGAACGCGACGCUCAAUGAAUUAUUUGGCCACGCUUUGCAGCCAACUCCGUCAGAUGCCACAUUUACGAACAUGAAGGGAGACAAGCCUUGGGUCGAGGCUUUUAUCCAUCCAACAGAGAAGCACGAGUUGUUUGGAGACGAUUCGCUUUACCGACGUACCACAGGUUUUUACGGAGACCUUGCGUUUGAUGUCGACGUAUCGGAGGACAAUCCACCCAACGUUCUAGUAAUUGGAGUUGAAUCGUUCCGGUUCCGAGAUUCGCGCUACCUUGUAGGCGAAGAAGACCCUUCCAACCUGUUCAAGGGCACCAACAUGACUAUCACACCGAAUUUUGAUAAGUGGGCUAAGCGCGGGGUUGCUCUCCGUAACGUUUGGUCUAGUACUCCAACGAGCCGUUCACUGGAGAGUCUACUGUUCGCACAGGUACCGUAUGAUAGCACUCUGAGAACUGGAAUCACUGGUGGGAGGAAAAAGACAAAGCUGUCUGGCUUACCACAGCUCUUCAAAGCGAAGGGAUACGAGAAUUUCUUCACCACUGGUUGCCCGACACGUUUUGAAAACUGGAACGUUUUUCUACCUGCUCAUGGCUACGACGUCGUACUGGAAUCCAAGGAGAUGGCUUUAAUUGCAGAAAAUCGACUCGGGAUUACCCAUGACCAAUGGUUUGGCAAGGAGCAACGCGCAUUCAAAUGGGGUGUUCAUGAUGAUGUCAAUCUGCGACUUCUAGGCGACAUGCUUAUCGAAAAGACGAAAUUACAAAAGAUAAGAGUAGCCAGCGGCGAGUCCAAGAAGCCGUUAUUCGUAACGCACUACACCAUCUCCAGUCAUGCACCUUUCAAAGCACGUCCGAAAUGGUACGCGAAAGCUGACAAACCAGACUUCUCGGCUCUUUAUGAGGGGGAGAAGAAUGCGAAAGACAUCAAGAACUACCUUGAAAUGCGGCAUUUCACAGACCUACAUCUAGGAAAACUCAUGGACCGUAUGGAGAAGGAAGGUAUUCUCAACGACACCAUCGUGGUCAUUGUCGGCGACCACGGCCAGGCACCUGAGGCUGAGGUGACGAAUACUCAUGAAGAAUCAGUGACGCGUGUUGCUGGUGCUAUUAUUGCUGAAGGACGACUAGGAAAUGCUGCUGGUCUCAUCAUUGAAGACGCUGUUGAGCAGUACGAUAUUCUCAACACAUUGGCCGAUAUAACUGGUCUGCCUGAAGGAGGUUUUGUGCAGAACGGUAUUGGACGCUCACUUAAACGGAAGGUCCCUUUCGGAGAGCGUGUGGUCUUCAGCAACGACCCUAGUCGAAAGAUGUCAAUUGUACGAGGCCACAGGCGUCUGCGUUAUGAUCAAGUGACUGCAUCGAUGAUGCUGCACGAUACUGAAAAUGAUCACGCGAUGACCAGGGAUCUGUUUCCAGGACUUUCAGCCGAAGAGCGGGCUGAAUGGGAGUAUUGGCGUGACCAUGGCCGUCAUGUCACCGCGUAUUAUACGAAGCGGUGGGACAAUAAUUGCUUACUUGCAGUUAAUUGUACUACCCGUACCGAUAAUUAGACGACUACAUGUAAAUUUCAAACGCUCGACGUAUUGAGCUGAUUUAGUGCAGUUUAGCAAGCAAUAAGGAAAGGUAGUCAGCUAACAUACAUGCA